AUGGCUGGGGGACGGUUUCGGGGCCACCCUGCUGGACCUCUCCUACUGCUGUUGCUGCACCAGGCCCUGGCAGAAGGACCCCUGGUGUUCUUGGCUCUGGUGUUCUCUCAUGGUGACCGGGCCCCACUGGCCUCCUACCCCAUGGACCCGCACAAGGAGGCGGCUCCCACCCUGUGGCCGCGUGGUCUGGGCCAGCUGAACAGGGCUUCCGAGAUGUCGUGGUCCCUUUGUCCUCUCUCUGUAUCUCCCCAGCAAGCCCUCCCAUCCUGGGCCUCCCUGGAUGUCCCGUGAACUCUUACUCAGCUCUCGGCUUUGACUAUCGGUGCCCACGUGGGCCCACCGCGGGCAGCAGAGAAGGCCCAGCGGACGGGGCGAGCCAUCCUCCUAGAUGCCACCCUUGCCAACUUCUCUCGGGCCUAGUGCCUGGGCCUACCCCUCAACAUGGUUAUGUAUUCACCCAUGGAUCCGCCUGCAGCUCCCCUCCAGGGACCCCUGGGUCUCUGUGAUGGCCACACUCCACCAUAUGCUGCCGGCCUCCACUUCGAGUUCCAGAGGCACCUUGGGGACCCAGAGGGUGAUGGAGGGAAUGUCACCAUCUCCCUCUUCUACUGAAACGACUCUUCUCGCCCGUCGCUGACCCUCAGCCUUCCUGGGUGCCCACACUGGUGCCCAUUAGGUCACGUCCACCAACUGACAGCCCUGGCCCAGCUGCCAACUGACAUCCCCUGCCACAGCCUCCAUGAACCUGCCACCCCUGCAGCUGUGGUCACCAUGGUGCCUCUGCUGGCAGCCCUCAGCAUGGGGCUGGGCCUACUGGCCUGGAGAGCUGGCUGCCUGCAGGCCUGGGGGGGGCUCUGUGUGAGCCAGACCGGGGUAGUCCCUGCCCCACCCCCUUACAGCUGA